AUGCGGACGGCAACCUCCCGCCCGCCCGUCAUUCGCAUCGCCAACGCCACGUUUUACAGACAUCAUCCCAGCUCACGGGACCCCAGCCUGAAUCCGCCGCUCUUCAAGGGCCUGACGUUCGACUUGCCCUCUUGGUCUCCUCAGCCGCGCAACUGGUGCGUUGUAGGGCCCUCGCUGUCCGGAAAGACCACCUUUCUCCAGAUACUGGCUGGCAGGCUGCUCUGCGAACCGCCGACCGCGAGAUCGUACCCCCGCCUGCGCGAGGAUGAUGCGCCGUCUCGAAGCCGGAGCCUGCAAAGGGCCAUUCAGUUCGUCGGCUUUGAUGCCGAGGCAAGCAGAACGGGUGGUCUUGGCGGCGGCGGCGGCGGAACCGUGUCGGCGUACCUGUCUGCCAGGUACGAGUCGCGGCGAGAGAUGACUGAUUUCUCGUUGAGGGACUUUCUCGCCGGAAACACUGAGCUCAACCCCCUGGGGGGGCGGCCUGGAGGAGGGCAACAGGAUAUAGGCGAAGGGUCAGCGAGCGCGCUGAACCAGGUGGCCGAGGACCUGAGGCUGGAGCACCUCCUGGAUUUGCCAGUCACCUGCUUGAGCAACGGGCAAGGAAGACGGGCGAGGAUCGCGCGCGCGCUGCUUGCACGGCCGGAGGUGCUGCUUCUGGACGAGCCGUUUAUGGGAUUGGACCCGCGCACGGCGCAGGCACUCGGCCCGCUGCUGCAGUCCCUUGCCGACAAGGCCAGCCCCAGGCUGGUCCUGAGCGCAAGACCGCAGGACCCGCUGCCCGCGUGGAUCACGCACCUGAUAUACCUGAGGAGUGACUGCCAGGUCGGAUCGGCCGGGCCAAAGGACGAGGUCCUGGAGGGACUGAGAAAGUACGUCCGAGGAGUCCAGCUGGGCGGGCUGGUCGAGGACGACGGGCUUCCGGUGCACGCCGCGUCUGCAGUGGGGGGGGGCAGCAGCGCGCCCCUCGGGCCCAAGGCGCAAGCGGGAUGCAGACCUGCGCCGCGCAAGCAGCAGCAAACGGCUGCCGGCAGUCUCAGCCCGGUCAACCCUCACGCGGAAGCGCUGGUCGAGAUGGACGGCUGUCAGGUGCGGUACGGAGACAAGAUUGUGCUGGGCAACUGGUCGCAGCAGACGGAGAAGGGCCGCAAGGACGGCCUGAUCUGGACGGUUCGCCGGGGCGAGCGAUGGGGCGUGUUUGGGCCAAACGGCUCGGGCAAGACGACCAUUGCCGCGUUGCUGGGCUCGGACCACCCGCAGGCGUACUCCCUGCCCAUCAAGCUCUUUGGCCGGAGCCGCCUGCCCGAGGCCGGGUCUGGGUCUGGGUCGGCGACGACGACGAGAAAGCCCCUGACCUUUUGGGACGUGCAGUCGCGCAUCGGCCACUCGAGCCCGGAGCUUCACCGCCACAUGCCGCGGAGCCACAGCAUCCGCAGGGUGGUGGAGAACGCGUGGGCGGCCACGCUGGGCGGCGCCCCGGCCGCGCUGGACGGGCCGGCGAGGCAAAAGGUCGACGCCGCGCUGCGCUGGUUCGCGCCGGAGCUGCAGCCCCGCCGCCGCGGCGGGUGCUCCCCCAGCUCCUCCUCCUCCUCCUCCUCCUCCCCCGACGAAGACAACCUCGCGUGGGCAGACGAGCACACGUUUGGCGAGUCGUCGUUUUCGGCGCAGCGCGUGGCCCUCCUCCUCCGCGCCGUCAUCAAGAGCCCCGACGUGGUGGUGCUCGACGAGGCCCUGUCGGGCAUGGACGCCGCCGUGCGGGCCAAGUGCGCCCUGUUCCUGGCCGACGGGCAGCGCAGCAGGAUCUGCCGGGGGGGCGGCGCGGCCGAGGAGAGCGAGCAGAGCAAGAGGGGCGCCGUGGUGGUGGAGGGCCUGUCGGAGCGGCAGGCCCUGGUGUGCGUGGCGCACGUGAGGGACGAGGUGCCGGACUGCGUGCGGGAGGAGCUGAUAUUGGCAGCAGAUGUUCAGCAGAUAUUCAGCAGAUAUUCAGCAGAUGUUCAGCAGAUAUUCAGCAGAUGUUCAGCAGAUAUUCAGCAGAUGUUCAGCAGAUAUUCAGCAGAUGUUCAGCAGAUAUUCAGCAGAUGUUCAGCAGAUAUUCAGCAGAUGUCCAGCAGAUAUUCAGCAGAUGUUCAGCAGAUAUUCAGCAGAUGUUCAGCAGAUAUUCAGCAGAUGUUCAGCAGAUGUCCAGCAGAUAUUCAGCAGAUAUCCAGCAGAUAUCCAGCAGAUAUCCAGCAGAUAUCCAGCAGAUAUCCAGCAGACAUCCAGCAGACAUCCAGCAACGUGUCGAGGGUGGAAAAGCUGCCAAAGCAAACCCGCCAGGUGGACGGAGCACCGGGUCCUCGGCUGAAGAGCCGUCGUCGAGGUGUCGGCUCUUCCCGGCCUUGGCGCAGGGCCGGAAACGCCCGGAACAGCCCGGAACCGCGUCCGCCCCACCGCCAACCCCAACCCAUGGCCAACACAACACACCAUGACCACCAUCAUUUCCAACAUCAGCAUCAGCAUCAGCAUCACCAUCACCACCACCACCACCACCACCACCACCAUGUCCCCCCCCUCGACGACGAAGCCCUCACCCCCCGCGCCCCGCCCGCCUUCCUCGCCCGCCCCCUCCUCGGCCCCCUCGUCUUCGAAAACGAAGCCUCCGACGCUCGCGACCACUGCGCCAACGAGCGAACGUUCCUCUCGUACCUCCGGCUGGCCGUCUUCAUGGCCGUCCUGUCCGUCGCCAUCACCCUCUCGUUCCACCUGAAGCACCGCGCGACGGAGCUCGAGCGCCGCGUCGCCAAGCCCCUCGGCGCUGUGUUCUGGCUGCUCUCCGUGGCGAUGCUGGCCCUAGGCCUGGCCAACUACGUCGGCACGGUGAACAAGUACGGGCGCCGGGCGGCGAUUGUGCAGUCCGGCUGGCGGACGCAGCUGAUACUGGGCUCGGUUGCGGUGUGCAUCAUCGCCACCUGUGUUGUCCUUUUGGUCACCACCAGACUCGACCAACCAGAAGCACGUCGUCUGCCCUCACGCUUGCCGUCUUUUGUCUUGCUUUAG